AUGCCUCUCCUGAACGGCAUUGCCGCGCACUGCGUGGUAGAGCACCAUGCUCUACAUGAGUACGCAAACCCGCUGGAACACAACUCGGAGCCGAAUACUGUUACCAGAUACACUGAGAUCGCACCGAAUGUGCCAUUCACUGUGUCUGUGCAGGUGCCGCCCGACUUCGUCUUCCUUGGAGAUGUUCUGGUCUUCCGGGUCUUCAUGAACGGCACUCUGCAGGCGGACGUGUGGCAUAAAGCAUUACCAGCAAGUACAGACCAGCGCACAGGGGACGCCAGGAGAGACCAUCAGGGCAUUCGGGGCUUGUUCAGCAGAGACGACGGGCAGCUGAUCCGGUUUCCGCACCUGGUGGAGCAUCCCAACAAGAAUGCGAUCGGCGACAUGAGCACGUGGCACGACAAGGAGAUCUUAUUCCAGGUCUCUCAUGGUUGCCUCAGGGAUCAUAAGGCAGAUCAAGCUUUUGGACCAGCAGCAGGCGUAGUCCAAGCGGUGGGUGGCCCUGAGUCAGUCCUCGCUUUCACCUUCAAGUACCGUCCAGUAGACAUUCUCAAGUCCAUCAUCUCGCCUCCGCCAUGGCCUCCGACCAACGUUACCCCAGAGACGCCCGACAGUCGCUACCAUCCUGUCGACGACGCGUUCAAAGCUGCACUACAGCCCAGCAGGUCUCGCGAUCUCUACUGUAUCUGCCGCAAGGUCCGAGGUAGCCAGCGAGUAGCGACAUGCGACAAUGAUUGGUGUCAAAUUAAGUCUUAUCAUUGGGAAUGUGUGGGCCUGAAGAGGGAGCCGGAGCGAAUCUGGUUGUGUCCGUUUUGCAUUGAGCUCAACGAGGAGGACCUGGUGAUUGAGGGAUACAACGACUACUACGAGUACAGCUAUCCCGACCAGGAGUGCGGAGGCUGCAACGGACUCGACGAAAAGGGUUUUGUCGGGGCACACAAAAACAAGACCAAGGGCUGA